UUCUUCCGGAAUGAUCCAAAUCGCUGUUUCUUCAUUAUAAAUCUGUCGAUUUUGACUAAAACACCCUGAUAAAUGUCACUUUAGUGAAUUUUAUCUGACUUACAAAACACCCAAUGUUAAUUUAGAUCCAAGGUUACAAAAUAACUUACAUCAUGUCUAAGCAAAAUAACGACCAAUCGAGAAAUACGUGGAUAAAAGAGGAUGAUCCAAUCAAAGCAACCAGCAUGUCUCGGCACAAAGAUGACUACGAAGAUAUCCUUCGUGAACGUCGUCUGCUUAGUGACUUCAACUAUGUCACAAAGAAACGACAGCAGGUUCCAGUCUAUAAGUACAACCAUCCUCGCACACCCAAACAGGUCAAAGUCGACGUGCUAAAGAGUGACAGAGUCAAACAUGCCAUUGAACAAGUGAUGAUGGAGUCUGGAGCUAGCGUGGCAGAGGUGCAAAAGGAGACAGAGGCAAUCAUGAAUGAAAUGGGACACACCUUCAGUAUGGGUUGGCUCCGAGGCGUUGCCUACUUCAUUGUGAAAGUCAUGAAGAAAUUGUUCCAAAAUAUUUAUGUGAAUGAGGAAGGCAUUGAGCGAGUUCGGGCCCUUUGUAAGGAAUAUCCAGUGGUACUUAUGCCAACCCACAGAAGUUAUCUCGACUUCCUCCUACUGUCUUAUGUGUUCUUCCACUAUGACCUACCACUGCCUGUCAUAGCUGCCGCCAUGGAUUUUAUGUCUAUGAAGUUUGUUGGGAACUUGUUACGAAACUGUGGUGCUUUCUUCAUUCGAAGGUCUUUUGGUACAGACAAGCUUUACUGGGCGGUGUUCACCGAAUACGUUCAAACUCACCUUUGCAAUGGUGACGCUCCCUGUGAAUUCUACGUAGAGGGGACAAGAAGUCGUACAGGAAAGACCUAUGUCCCAAAGAGAGGUAUGCUGUCUGUUGUUUUGGAGCCCUAUUUCAAAGCAAAUGUAGCGGAUGUGAUGAUCCUCCCUGUCAGUAUGAGCCAUGAUCGGAUCCUCGAGGAGAGCCUCUAUGCUUAUGAACUACUAGGGAUACCAAAGCCUAAGGAGUCAACUUCGGGUCUCCUGAAAGCACGAGGUGUUCUGUCUGAGGACUAUGGUAAUGUUCACUUCUUCAUUGGUGAGCCAAUAUCCAUUCGACAUUUCUCCGUCGGCAAGAUUGAUAGAAUCGUGCAUGGACUACAACCUAGGUACAUUUCUGGAUUGACAUCAGAAGAACAAGACUUGUGCCAGGACCUUGCGUAUGACAUAGUGCUGCGACAUCAACAGAACAUGGUGAUAUCCCCGUGGGCAUUGAUCGCUACAGUCAUGAUACAGAACAGAGAGGGAAUAUACCUGUCAGAUCUCAUGAAGGACGUGGAAUGGCUGAAGAGAAGCAUUGCUAACCUUGGUGGUUAUGUCGACUGGCCUGGAAAUGCCUCUGCAGAAGAAAUUGUGCGAUUACAUAUCAGCCUCCAUCAAAACCUGGUCCAGAUGUCUCCGGAGGAUUUCGUUGAACUGAAACGUAUCAUCGCUCCUCACACAAAGAAGCCAGUGAGAGAUGAUAUCAUGAUCACAGGGGCAACCCAUCUGAUGUUGGCAUCGUAUAGGAAUCAUUUGAUACACUGCUUUGCCAGGGUCGGACUGGUGGCAAUAGCUGUGAAUGCCUGUUGUGAUGAGACUCUACAAAUCAAUGACCUGUAUCUUCGAUAUACUUUCCUUGAGAAGUUGCUGUGUAAAGAUUUCAUCUUCCGACCAGGGAGGACCCGGGAGAACUUUGAACUCGCUGUGAAGGUGCUGACCAACAGUAGUGUGCUGACCCUGAACGCUGUAGGAGAUAUCGUCGUGAAGAAGUCAACGAACAAAUACAACACAUUCCUUAGUCAAAUGUUUGAACCAUUCUUACUCGGAUAUUGGGUGCUCUGCCAGUACCUAUUGAGUUUGACCCUGACAGGAACGCGACCCAUCGCCAAGCAAUAUAAGCAUAUCUUGAAGGAAUCACAAGCGCUCGUCACUCGCUUACUGCAGGAAGGUGUCGUCAAACACUUUGAGAUGCUGUCACUUGACAUGUUGGGCAACGGACUCAAUGCCAUCAUUGAAAUGGGUGCUGUCACAAAGCAGAAAAGGGAGAAUCAAGACUACCUCAUUCCAAGCCAUGUGGAGGUUUCCGCCAUCGCAAAUGAGAUAGCCAAAGUGGUAGAAGUUCCACAUGUUCCUGUAUUGAGCAUCAAGUCCAAGGACGUUGUAUUGCCAGCCAAGUUGUAGAAAGAGACAAUUCAUGUGUUGUGAGAACUUCUCGUAUUUGAAACUACUGAUGCACAUGCAAAGGGGUACAACAAGCAUUUCACAUCAUUGCUGCCAACAUGUACUUUUUAUUUGACUCGGCCGGGAGUCGAACCCACUACCACUUGAUCAUGAGGCCGACUCUCUUCCACUGAGCUACCACUUCCCCGAUGUGUUAACAGACAACUGAAUAUUCUCCACAAGUCUAUCUUGAUCUCUAAAUGGGGUACGAAUUCUGUGUGCUCCAAUAUUUGGUUGUGCAGUACAUUUAGGCUUUCAAAUACUUGGUACUUACUGAACUAGUCUGUAGAUGAAUAUGAUUUUUAGAUGGUGCUAACUAAUUCUGUAUGAAAUAUUGUCUUGACAUAUUUGAGCCAGUUGAGGCAAAUCUGUUACACAUGUUGACCUGUUACCGUUAAAGUAGGCCCGGUGUGGGUGAACAGGCACUCCUCCACCAGCUUGAAUACGUCAACGCGUGGAAGUGACAAGGCUUGUUCAUUACCCCAGCUGUUGUGAUGUAAUGAACGUGUCAGUCUUAAACAACCUUUCAAAUCUUGUGAUAUAUAUCACAUGUAGAUGUUCAUUACCCCAGCUGUUGUGAUGUAAUGAACGUGUCAGUCUUAAACGACCUUUCUGCUUUCAAAUGUUGCGAUAUAUAUCACAUGAAGAUGAAAAAAUGAAUUGAAAAUACGGUAGACAACGUCAGUAAUAUUGAUUGUCUCAGCGUUGUUGACUGCUUUAUUUAGGGAAGACAGUGCAAUAAUUGUUGUUUCUGCAUUUGAUUUGCUGGGGUAUUGGUAUUACUUAUUGAACAUUUUACAUCCUCAAUUAGCGUGUUCAUAUUUACCCUUGUUAAUUGCACACCUGUAAAUUUCUUGAAAUUAUUGAUACCAGAAAUUUGAAUAAAAGCUAGAUUUUAAAUUAAAA